UGCGGUGUCAACACAGAAGGGGACCGUCUCAUUGUGAGUGUGUCUCGCCUCCGUGACCACGUGGCCGAGCUGUGGCUCGUAUUGUACACUCGCGAUGGGAAGAAGUACUCGCUACCAACGGAAGUCACGCUCGACCGCAGUACUGGAAGCUGCUACUCUGCCGCCGGUGUCAGGCUCCAGUGCUUGGCUGCCAACCGCCGGUGGCGCGUAGCAUUCAAUGGACUGCUCAGGAGACACGAUGAUUCAUCAAGGGGACCAUCCGUCGAAUCCGAAGUUCACGUGAAGCUUGGGCUCAUCUGGUCGACAGUGUCACACACACUGGAGCAUCCCGCCCAGUUGGCGCCGGCACUCUUGGCGGAGUGUUGUGCGGAAGGGUCUACGCUAGAGAUUCUUCGUGCGGUUAAAAGAUUGACGACUGAAAUGGACUCGUACGAUCAAGCUGGUAUGAUGUCUGGUGAAAUCGUAGUGGAUGGUGAGUGGAGGGAGCUGCGCCUCUGGGGAUUCAAGAUCAAGAAUCAAGGAAACAUACAAGUAGACGUCUGUGAAGAAGACCACCAUAUCGGCUUCCUUGAGAAUGGGGACAUGUACCAUUUGAUUCGCACGAGCAAAUACGGAGCGAAAAAUGGGAUCUACUACGGAUCAGUUUACGCUCCCUCAUGCGAGAUGCGAUCUAUUGACUACGUCGGGAAAAAGAGCAAGCACGAAUUGAAGGCUGAGUGUGGCCAACUGCACGUACGAGGCGGUGAUUACACCAUUUCUGUAUCUACAAAAAGAGUUCCACCCGAAGUCGUCUUCUACCACGGACACAGAUCUUGUGGAGUCGUCAUUGCAGCCAUUGACCUCAAAAGUGAGAACUAUAAAGGAUGCGGCUUAAGUAUUGUUCUUAAGAGAUCUCAACAAAGCAUUUGCAGCCUUCCUGGUUACAUAAAGCACAAGAUUAUUCAAGAACACGACCUGAGCGGAAGCUCUCCACUUGUGUCAGAUAUCCACAACGAGUGCAGCAAGAUGCCUGACUUGACGGGAGGCAAGGGAUCGUCACUAGCAGUGUUGCACUCCAUCGCUAAAGAAGUUAAGACGUUUUCAGUUCCUCGUGGAUUUAUUGUCACAACCACGUCUUACAAGCUCUUCUCCUCCAAUGAGGUUUUUCGAAAAUUGAUGCGAGAAAUGGAGGCAUCAAUGACUGGAGAUGAUUGGCAGAAAGCUAUGAAAGACGCUUGCACCAAGAUGGUUGGUGCCGUUGAGAGACUAAGCAUGCCCACGGAUAUCAAGGAAGCGAUUUCUGAGCAUUUGACCAAUUUUGAUAAAGACAAGAUGUUUGCGGUGAGAUCGUCAGCUUUAGGUGAAGACUCGGAGGACAUGUCAGCCGCCGGUCAAAUGACCACAUUGCUUGGAAUUCGUGGCACCGAGGACGUGAUCAACGCCGUGGUAAAAUGCUGGGCAUCGCAGUUCAGCUUCCCAAAUGUGAACUAUAAAAGAUGA